AUGAACAAGCUGUACAUCGGCAAUCUCAACGAGAGCGUGACCCCCGCGGACUUGGAGAAAGUGUUUGCGGAGCACAAGAUCUCCUACAGCGGCCAGUUCUUGGUCAAGUCCGGCUAUGCCUUCGUGGACUGCCCCGACGAGCACUGGGCGAUGAAGGCCAUCGAAACUUUCUCCGGGAAAGUGGAGCUGCAAGGAAAACGCCUAGAGAUUGAACACUCCGUCCCCAAAAAACAAAGGAGUCGAAAACUACAGAUCCGAAAUAUUCCACCUCAGCUUCGAUGGGAAGUACUGGACAGCUUGCUGGCUCAGUAUGGGACAGUGGAGAACUGCGAGCAAGUGAACACCGAGAGUGAGACGGCAGUGGUGAAUGUCACCUAUUCCAACCGCGAACAGACCAGGCAAGCCAUCAUGAAGCUGAACGGCCACCAACUGGAGAACCACGCCUUGAAGGUCUCCUACAUUCCUGAUGAGCAGAUAACACAGGGUCCCGAGAAUGGGCGCCGAGGAGGCUUUGGCUCUCGGGGCCAGCCCCGCCAGGGCUCUCCCGUGGCAGCAGGAGCCCCGGCCAAGCAACAGCAAGUGGACAUCCCCCUGCGGCUCCUCGUGCCCACCCAGUACGUGGGCGCCAUCAUCGGCAAGGAGGGUGCCACCAUCCGCAACAUCACAAAGCAGACCCAGUCCAAGAUCGACGUGCACAGGAAGGAGAACGCAGGUGCUGCCGAGAAGGCCAUCAGCGUCCACUCGACCCCCGAGGGCUGCUCCUCUGCCUGUAAGAUGAUCUUGGAGAUUAUGCACAAGGAGGCAAAGGACACCAAAACGGCUGACGAGGUUCCCCUGAAGAUCCUGGCCCAUAACAAUUUCGUGGGGCGUCUCAUCGGCAAGGAGGGGCGCAACCUGAAGAAGGUGGAGCAGGACACGGAGACAAAGAUCACCAUCUCCUCGCUCCAGGACCUCACGCUCUAUAACCCCGAGAGGACCAUCACUGUGAAGGGCGCCAUCGAGAACUGCUGCAGGGCCGAGCAGGAGAUCAUGAAGAAAGUUCGGGAAGCCUAUGAGAAUGACGUGGCUGCCAUGAGUCUGCAGUCUCACCUCAUCCCCGGCCUGAACUUGGCUGCUGUAGGCCUUUUUCCAGCCUCCUCCAGUGCAGUCCCACCACCUCCCAGCAGCGUCACCGGAACCGCCCCCUACAGCUCCUUUAUGCAGGCUCCAGAGCAGGAGAUGGUGCAGGUGUUCAUUCCCGCGCAGGCGGUGGGCGCCAUCAUCGGCAAGAAGGGGCAGCACAUCAAGCAGCUCUCGCGCUUCGCCAGCGCCUCCAUCAAGAUCGCUCCUCCUGAAACUCCGGACUCCAAAGUUCGCAUGGUCAUCAUCACUGGACCCCCAGAGGCCCAAUUCAAGGCUCAGGGAAGAAUUUAUGGAAAACUCAAGGAGGAGAACUUCUUUGGUCCCAAGGAGGAAGUAAAGCUGGAGACCCAUAUCCGGGUGCCAGCGUCGGCAGCUGGCCGGGUCAUUGGCAAAGGUGGCAAAACGGUGAAUGAGCUGCAAAAUCUGACGGCAGCUGAGGUGGUGGUGCCAAGAGACCAGACCCCUGAUGAGAACGACCAGGUCAUCGUCAAGAUCAUUGGGCAUUUCUAUGCCAGCCAGAUGGCUCAGCGGAAGAUACGAGACAUCUUGGCCCAAGUCAAACAGCUGCACCAAAAGGGACAGGGUAACCAGGCCCAGGCCCGGAGGAAGUGA